AUCUGGCAGCAACAUGCGCUCCACAUGCAGCACCGCUACCGCGCUUCCGGCCUCCCAGACUUCGCGGCCGAAACAAAGCUCGCUUUCCAAAAGAAAGUCUACGAUCUACACCUAGGCCGUGAAUCUCAGCUCCGCAAAGCAUACGAAGACACAGCCAACCUCCACCCGCCCGGAGAGCAUGCCACUCGUAAAGGCGUCACGGGACUAUGGAACACCGUCCUAGUAACAACGCAGUUCUCAGAACACAGCAUGUGGGAUCUGAUCUCCACAAAGCUAUGGCGCUACUUCGAGAACGGAUUUAGCUGGAACCUCCCCCAGUGGGUGCCACGGGGUAUCCUGCGUAUCCAGACCAUCUUCAACGCGUCGCGGGUAUACUUUGAUUUUGGGUCGCGGACGUUUAGUACUGAUCAGAUCAAUUUGCCUGCUGAGGCUAGUACGCAGGUUCUCUUUUAUGCUGCGAGGUGCCAUGAGACGGGCGCGGAUGUUCAUUUCGGCCUCGCGUUUUUGGCGGAUGGGUUUGUUAAGGUGCAGUUUCCUGCGCUGGCGGUUGUUGGUGCUGAUGCCGGGUGUCGGGCUGGGGUUGUUGUGGAUACGGUUGUUGAGUUGACGGGCGUGUAUAUG